CGGAUUUGACCGAUAUUGACAUUCUCGCCUACGCCUAUUGCAUAUUAAUGGAGAAGGGGCAAUCCAAUGAGAUAAUGACAGAAGCCCUUAAAAUCCAGCUGCUAUGGCUGCAAGGGUUAUCCAUUUCAUAGGCGAGGGUGGGGGAGAAGCAAGCCGAACCUCUGAUCGACCCGGACACGUCCAAAAUUCUCGGCGUCGAGAGAAAGACGAGAUUCAGUAAGUAAUUCAGUGAGUGCUUUCUUUUAUAAGUAUAAGAAGAGCGUCGGCUUGGAAGAAGAAAAUGAAAUACGAACAACCGCGCUGGUCGUAAUAGAUCGACUUGAAUGCGUCUUCUUGCUCCAGCAUUCAAGUUCCAUUUCAAGGAAGGACGACGUACCAUGAUACUUUUCUGUUUUGUCGAGCCCUGCUUUGGUCUCUGGUUUGAUGGUUGUACGUGCUAAAAAUCCGGUACAUUCCAUUUUGUUUCCCAUCCUAGUCUUUUGCGACACUUCUGGUUUACUUAUUUUGUUAGGUCUCGACUUCUCCGCUAUGAUCUUCCUAGUAGUUCAUAUAGGAGCUAUUGCCGUUUCAUUCCUAUUCGUGGUUAUGAUGUUCAAUAUUCAAAUAGCGGAGAUUCACGAAGAAGUAUUGCGCUAUUUACCAGUGAGUGGUAUUAUUGGACUGAUCUUUUGGUGGGAAAUGUUCUUCAUUUUAGAUAAUGAAACCAUUCCAUUACAACCAACCCACAGAAAUACGACCUCUCUGAGAUAUACGGUUUAUGCCAGAAAGGUACGAAGUUGGACUAAUUUGGAAACAUUGGGCAAUUUACUUUAUACCUACUAUUCCGUCUGGUUUUCGGUUUCUAGUCUGAUUUUAUUAGUAGCUAUGAUUGGGGCUAUAGUACUUACUAUGCAUAGGACUACAAAGGUGAAAAGACAAGAUGUAGUCCGACGAAAUGCCUUGGAUUCUAGGAGGACUAUAAUGAGGAGGACGACUAUUUAG